AGUUGGUCGUGCUAACCGUUAGCUCGCCAGCUUGUGUGUGUACGCCAAGGCGUGUUUGCCUCGACUGUCGAGCUCUUUCCUUCAGCUCUGUGUCUAUUUUAAAAAGUACAGACGAGCGUAACGGGGGCUGUUCGUAUGGCAGAUGUAGGAGUGGGUUUAGUGUUUUGGAUUACACCUGUGUGCUUCAUAACUUUGUAACGUUAUAUGGGGAUGGCGACGGCUGGGGAGCUGUGAGCGAAGGAUAUGAACGUUUUUCUCAUGGGUGCCCACGUUCUGCUGCCGAGGAGAGAGCACCAGGAUGAGGACGCUGUAGGCCCCCACCGUACUAUGGCCGCGUCCCGUUCCUCGCGCGUCACGCGGUCAUCAGUGGGGCACAAUGGACUGGACGAGAACUUUUGUGGCCGAACCCUCCGGAACCGUAGCAUCGCCCCGCCCGACGAGACGGCGGCGUCGCCCGUGCCCCGGGCCCGCUCGCCCAAGAAGAAGCAGGAGACGCGGCAGGACGGCCAGUCGUCGCAGUCCCCGUCGCCGGGCAAGGUAGCGGACCCAAAGCCCGCCGAGGGCGAGCCGUGGACCGGCUCCCGGAAGCGCAGCGCGCCGUGUCCGGACAAGGAGGGGUCGGAGACCUGCGUGAGGGGGAGGGGGGCGCGGGAGCCCUCCCCUCAGCUCAAGAAGGCCAAGCAGGGUCCGCCUUCUGAGGCGUCUUCUGGAGGAGCUGAGGACGACGACGAAGAGGAAGAGGAAGAGGAGGAGGAGGAGGAAGAAGACGACAUCGAUGAGGACGACGACGCGGCGUCCAUCGACGCAGAGAGCCCUGUGUCGGUGUUCGACGACAUCAAGGACAACGGCAGGACCUCGCCCGUCCUCGCCGACGCGAUCAAACGCGAGGCGGACGAGGUGGAGGUCACGGCCGGCGGGCCCCCCAACGCCCACGGGUCCUCCAACGGCCUGGUCGAGGUCAAGGCGGAGCCCGCCGCCGGCCCCCGCGCGCCGACCGUCGACGCGAAGCCCGCCGCCGCCGGCCCCGCGCUGCCCAACGGCAGCCAGUCGGCGGCCCCCCCAUCCCCUGAGCUCACCGUGCCUUGUAGAAACUCUACCCCCGUGCCGUCGGAGCCCCCGUCGGCCCCCACGCCGGACCCUUUAGCGGAGGACCCGCUCCCUGAGCUGCUGGGGGCCGAGGAGCAGGAGGUGGAGGUGGCGUGCUCGGCCCGGGAGGAGGCGGUGGUGACGGAGGCGGCGGUGGGGGGCACCAACGGGCGCGCGCCGUCGCCGCGGGUGGAGGUGGUCGCUGUCGCCUCCUCCUUCUCCUCCGCUCACGACGUAGACAUUAGCCCGGCGAACCACCGCCACCAAAACAACAACAACAGCCACUCAGGAGAAAGCUCACCCCCGCUAGAACCCCCGCCGGCCCCCACGCCCUCCCCCACAGAGCCCGCCUCCCCCCCCCCUCACACACACCCUGCCGGCUCCCCCACGGACCUCGGAUGCAACCCCUCCCCGCCGUCGUUCACGGAGCCCCACGAACACAGAUACACCCUGCGGACUUCCCCCCGGAGGGCCCCCCCCAGCGGCAGGCCCUCCCCCCCCAGGGACAACGGCUUCCUGGGGGGGGGCGAGGUGGAGGUGGAGGAGCAGCAGGAGGAGGCGGUGGAGGUGGAGGAGGAGGAGCAGGUGGUGGUGGUGGAGGAGGAGGCGGUGGAGGAGGUGGUGAUGAUGGAGGCCUCCCGCCCGGCCACGCCCGAGGAGCCCCCGCUCUCGGACCUCGUGGGGCCCCUCCUCAGCGAGGCGCCGGCCUCGGUGGGGGCCGGAGACGGGGGCGGAGCCGGGGUGUCGCUGGGGGCCCCGGAGGACAUUGGUCCCCUGAAGGACAACGAGGCGGGGGGCGGUAAAGCGGGGGCCGCGGCCACAGCGCGGACGGGCGCGGAGGAGGAAGAGGAGGAGGAGGAAGAGCCGGAUGUAUAUUACUUUGAGUCGGACCACCUGGCACUGAAGCACAACAAAGACUACCAGCGGCUGCUGCAGACCAUCGGCGUGCUGGAGGCCCAGCGGACGCAGGCCGUGCUGGACCUGGAGACUCUGACGCGCCACCAGAGGCAGGCGCUGGCCGCGCCCGUCAGCUUCGUGGAGCAGCUGCAGAAAAGGGAGAACAUGGGCAUGCCCUGCCCCCAGCGGGUGGUCCAGCUCCCGGACAUCGCCUGGGACAAGUACACCUCGGGGCUGGGCGACUUCGAGCGGGAGUUCUGCGACAAGAAGCGCAAAACCCGGCAGCUGAAGCUCAUCUUUGACCAGGGGUUGCCGACCAGGCCGACCAGUCCGGUGGAGCCGAAGAAGGAGGGCGAGCCCUCUGCCAUGUACUCACUGCUGCCCACUAGUGACACCCUGGAGAACGGCAACGACUCCCAGCUGAUCAGAGGAAGGAUCUGCAACUCCAACAAGCCGGACACCUUUAACCAGCUGUGGACUGUUGAGGAGCAGAAAAAGCUGGAACAACUUCUCCUCAAGUUCCCGCCUGAGGAAGUGGAGUCUAAAAGGUGGCAGAAGAUCGCCGACGCGUUGGGAAACCGGACCACCAAACAGGUGGCCAGCCGGGUCCAGAAGUACUUCAUCAAGCUGACCAAGGCCGGGAUCCCGGUGCCUGGAAGGACGCCAAACCUGUGCAUGUACACCAAGAAGGUGUCAAACAAGCGGCAGCACCACCUCAACAAGCACCUGUACCGGCCCUCCACCUUCCUGGCGUCCUACGAGCCCCCCGUCUUCAUGGAGGAGGAGGACGAGCGCGCCGCCUACUACAGCAGCCUUCAGGACCCCUCAGCCGACGACUCCGAGGAGGAGGGCGUGCCUGAGGAGCUGAGACACCUUCCUGAGUACCAGGAGCUGUUGGAGCUGAAGAGGCUGAAGAAGAGGAGGCUCAGGGAGAUCCGGGACGAGGGCGGCACGAUGCAACACCCGGGCUAUAAGUGUGACGCCUGCGGCGUGGAGCCCAUCCAGGGGACGAGGUGGCACUGCUCCGACUGCCCCCCGGACAACGCCGUGGACCUCUGCUCCAGCUGCUCCGACUGCCUGUUCAAGACGGAGACCCACUCGGCGGAUCACCACCUGGAGCCCGUCAGCCAGCCCGAGUCCUUCCUCGACCGCGACUACCGCCUCCCGCACGCCGCCGGCUACAACUACCUGGACCCCAACUACUACCCUGCCAACAGAUGACAGGGCCCCGGCUCCCCCCCCCCCCAUCUCGCUCGCUAACCCCCCCCUCCCCCCCCCCCCCCCCCCCCCACACACACACAAGGCCGCUCGCUCCCCCGGCUCCGCCCCCCCCUGACCACCGCUUCACCUGGCGGUCGGCCAAGGGGUGUUGGGGGGGGCUUCCAGGGCUGACCGGAGUGCUGCUGAUGGGGGGGGGGGGGGCCACCCCAUGACGGCGGCCACCCCAUGUCACGUUAUUUUGACGGAAAAAUGAACCCGGACAACGGACGGCACGGCAACAUUCCCCCCUUCCCCCCCCCUCCCCCGACCCCAGUGUGCCCUCGAGCUCUUCUUCCCCCCCCCCCCCCCCUCCGUCUGCAUCUCUCUGGCGUUGCCGGGGGCGACCGCCGUCGCAGCGGGACCUAAUUGAUCAACCCCCGAAUAACAAUCGGGUCUGUCUGUUGAGCGGGUGAAUGUGUGUGUGUGGUGCGUGAGCGCGGCGCGUGCUGUUGUUUAUUUACAGGCGGGGGGGGGGAUUGGGUAUAUCUGAGUAUUUAUGAGCCUGGUUCCUCCGAUGAGAACCGGGUCGGACUGUUAUUAUGGAAACGCGUCGCCGUGGAGACCGCUGGGCGCUCGACGGACCCGCCUGGAAUCACGGUGGCCAUGUGACCUUCUACAUAUGAACCCCCCCCCCCCCCCGGUCUGUAGAUAUGAAAGGACCACGUGCCACGUGGGGGCAGGGGGGGCAGUUAAGCGUUAGCAUAGCGGCGAGCUAGCCCGCCGGUCACUCUUGGAGACUCUUCACUCCCCCAUCGUCUCUGUCACUCUCGAACCCUCGUAACACAUUUCUCUUUUAUAUCCAAAUGGUUUCUGCUGCGUUACUAAAGACCUGUUCAGUUCUCCCCCCCACCCCCCACCACGCACCACGCUCCUCGUAAUGAAGCACUACAGCCCUGCGAGCUAGCGUCACGUUGAAGGAAGAAGCGGCAGGUGUGAAGGGCACCGGAACGCAGAGGGAGGGAGGGGGGGGGGGUCUUGUUUGUUUUUGUGAUGCCUAUUUUUCUGUCACCCCCCCCACCCCACCCCCCUCCAAAAAAGAUGUCCGCUCUUGUUAAUCAUGUGGAGUAAUGCAAAUAUAUGGUGUAAAGUAGCCGGCAUUAGUUGCUGUGUGCCAUUUUUGUUUCUCUAUUUUUGUUUUACCUCACCAUCGACCAUCGUCACCCGAACCGUUUCAACCCAUCGGUCCUCCUUUAUUUGGCGGUCCACAUAAAGGUCCAUUUGAAAGCUAGAAAAAAGAUUGUAUUUUUAUGAAUCUAUUUAAAAAUCAAAAGAAUCGAGGCAAUUGUCGCCUCCAACCACAGUGGAAAAACCCACGCAAUUUUAUACACAUAGAUUUGGUUGUGCUUGAGUAGAGGCCAUUUUGAAUGGGUUUUGUUCCGUCUCCCUCACCCCCGUGCCCGCUUCUGUAUGUGUAUAACAGUCGGUUCUUAUGUAAAAAUAAAAAAUAAUGUACAAAAAAAACUGCUAGAGGAGAACUGUGGAAAUAAAAGUAUGUGAAAAUAGUGUU